CUCAGAUGUUGCUGACUCACUAUACAUUAUAGGCAAUGUGUAUAAUAAGAUGGGGGAUCAGACUAAAGCACUGAAAUAUCAUGAAGAAUGACUUACAAUGAGAAGACUUAUCCACAAGGACAGUCCCCACUCAGAUCUUGCUGACUCACUAUACAUCAUAGGCAAUGUGUAUGAUGAGAUGGGGGAUCAGACUAAAGCAUUGGAAUGCUAUCAAGAGAGUCUUACAAUGAGAAGACUCAUCCACCAAGACAGUCCCCACUCAGAUCUUGCUGCUUCCCUAAUAAGCAUAGCCAAAGUGUAUGCUGAGAUAGGAGAUCAGAUCAAAACCCUGAAAUAUAGUCAAGAGGGUCUUGCAAUAUGCAGACUUAUCAACAAGGACAGCCCCGACACCUUAACUGCUGCUUGCUUAAAUAACAUAGGCUAUGCAUAUGAUAAUAUGGGGGAUCAGACUAAAGCACUAGAAUACUAUCAAGAGAGCCUUACAAUGAAUAGACUAAUCCACAAGGACAGUCCCCAUCUAGAUGUUGCUAAUUCACUUUUCAACAUAGGUGAUGUGUACAAUAAGAUGGGAGAUCAGAUUAAUGCACUGGAAUACUUUCAAGAGAGUCUUACAAUGAGAAGACUAAUCCACCAGGACAGCCCCCACUCAGAUGUUGCUGACUCUCUAGAUAACAUAGGCUAUGUGUAUAAUAAGAUGGGAGAUAAGACUAAAGCACUGGAAUAUCAUCAAGAAAGUCUUACAAUGAGAAGACUAAUCCACCAGGACAGUCCCCACUCAGAUGUUGCUGACUCACUAUGUAACAUAGGCUAUGUGUAUAAUAAGAUUGGGGAUCAGACUAAAGCACUGGAAUACUUUCAAGAGAGUCUUACAAUGAGAAGACUUAUCCACCAGGACAGCCCUCACCCAGAUGUUGCUGACUCACUAUGUAACAUAGGCUAUGUGUAUAAUGAGAUGGGGGAUCAGACUAAAGCACUGGAAUACUGUCAAGAGAGUCUUACAAUGAGAAGACUAAUCUACCAGGACAGUCCCCACUCAGAUGUUGCUAACUCACUAUACAACAUAGGCAAUGUGUAUAAUGAAAUGGGAGAUCAGACUAAAGCACUGGAAUAUCAUCAAGAGAAUCUUACAAUGAGAAGACUUAUCCACCAGGACAGCCCUCACUCAGAUAUUGCUUGGUC